AUCCCAACACCAUCAUCAAUCCGAAGCUUCUGACGAAAGCCACAAGCCGACCCUCGACGAAAGCGGACAAAAUAUUCAGACAUGGGGUCAAAGCUGUCACCCUGGCGAGCGGUCGAUACGGCCAGUCAUGAACGGCAAGUCUUUGAGCGCACAAUCUUUGGCUUUGAGUCUGUUCUGGCCUCUUUCAACGAGCAUGCCUUUGGCCCUGCUGAGCCCAGCGUAGGCCUUCAAAUUGGGGUGAAUACAUCGAUGCAAGGCCAGGGACUGGAGAGAAAGAUUUCAAAUGCUUGGCUGGAUGUCUUCGCCGAGCUUCCUGAUCUGGCUUGCACAUUGGUCAGACAUGAUGACAAGGAUAGCAUCAGGCUGCAGUUCACGCCUCUUUCCGACAGGGCCAGAAAAGAUUGGCUGGAACAGACGCUGGAGGUGGAAAGGGAAAAUCAAUCAAUCGAAGAUCUUAGAAUCCAGCUGAGCACCGUCUUGCCAUUAGGUCGCGUCAAUGAGCCUGAUUCGUACAUGAUCAAGUUAGUCGUCAGCAUGUCAACCAGAGCCGAUCUUCUUUCGAUUCUGAUCAGAUCUCAUCAUGUUCUCUUCGAUGGACCUGGCCUGCUCUCCGUGCUCGAUCGCUUUCUGGAAAGACUUGCUUUAGAUGGCCAUGGUACGCUCGACAACGAUCACGUAGCGCCUGGCGUUGACAUGCAAAGCCCUCUGAGGAGACUCAGAAGCCAUGCUCUAGACGCCGUGGGCAUGACGGAAGACGACUACAAUUCAGGCGAGCCUUACGGAGACCUUGGCAAGCGACUGAUUGAGUCCAAAGCGGGCUUACCCCUCAACGAGUCAUUUGCCUGCAAAAUGAAGCCUUGGCCCAGAGACGCAUUGCCUACAAAGUUGCAUCGGUUCAGGCUUGACAAGGAGACCAGCAAAGACUUCCUUCGAGCAUGCAAGGAGAGAGGCUUGACAGCCGCCUACGGCAUUGGAGCAUGUCUCAUUUUGGCAACUCUGGAGCUCUUUCGAACGGAAGAGGAAAUCACCAUGGGUUAUGACGAUGCGGUCAUUGUGGUCACCUUCAACCUGCGCAGAUGGAUGGCGGAGAAGGAGGGUCUGAAGGGAACAGCAUCAAGCGCUGAGACGGGCUUGCUUAUCGCGGCUACGGGCUUAUUUGACUGCAUGAUAGCCGAAGGAAGAAUGGAAGUAGAGCAUUGCCUUUGGUUCAUCGCCGAGCAGCUCAAAGAAUUUUUCACGGAUCGGCUCAAACAGAUCUCUAGCUUCGCAGGCAAAGGCGCCCACGGAUUCUGGCAUGCCUACAACCAGGAGGCAGCCGCGAUGGCAAGCGGGCAGAGCGAAACCACGUUCAAGACAGGCAUUGGGCUUAACAGCGUUGGGAUCGUAGAGGCUUACCUCAAGCGAUCCUAUGGUACUGGCCACGGUGGGCAGGAUGGCGACCAUACGUUCGCUGUACAGGAUUGCCAGAUCGACAUGCGCUGCGGAGGUUCGGUGAGCCAGCCUCACAUCUGGACCUUUCGCAAUCAAACCGAGCUGAACAUGGGCUAUGUGGAAGCAAUGUUCACUCCACAAGGGCCAGAGUUGCUAGCGCGAUGACUGGUGGAAAAAAUGGC